GUCGGAGCCAUUUUUACAGGGCCGCUCGUUAUCUCGUCCACCGUUUCACCGCUUCCCAUCGGCUUGAGACACAACAUUGGGUGGUGCAGUUGCCGACCGGAAGACGGUUGGAGCCGGUGCUCUGGGCUGGCCGACCACACGCUCAUUCUGUUUGGGCCUGUUACCCGCGGCCGGGGGCUGUUAUUCUUUUUCUUAUCCUCGCCCCCCCGCCGUCCACGGUUUGUGACAGAUCGCCAAAGCAACCUCGCCAAACAGUCGCCGCCAUGUCUGCGUCCCUACCAGGCAGCCGGGCGCUCCCGGAGUCACAGUAUGACCUCAGCACAUACUGGGGGCGUGUCAGGCACACCGCUGGGAUUACCGAUCCGAGGACCCUCUUUGUCGGCCGCGCCGGGCUCGAACAGGCCAAGAAUGCCCUGAUCGCAUACAAGACGGGCCAGAUAAAAGACAUGACGCCGGAGCUAUGGAGGGCCAAGAAAAUCGUCGACUCGACGCUGCACCCAGACACCGGGGAGCCCGUCUUCCUGCCCUUCCGCAUGUCCUGCUUUGUCCUGUCCAACUUGGUCGUGACAGUGGGGAUGCUGACUCCCGGGCUCGGUAACCGCGGCACAGUAGCGUGGCAGGUUGCCAACCAGUCGCUCAACGUCGCCAUCAACUACUCCAACUCGAACAAAUCCUCCCCGCUCUCCUGGUCCAAGAUCGCCCAGUCCUACUUCCUCGCCGUCACCGCCUCGUGUUCCGUAGCCCUCGGUCUCAACAGCCUCGUCCCGCGCCUCAAGAGCCUCUCCCCAUCCACCCGCCUCAUCCUCAGCCGCCUAGUGCCCUUCGCCGCCGUGGCCAGCGCAGGCGCCCUCAACGUCCUCCUCAUGCGCGGCGAGGAGAUGCGCACGGGCAUUGACGUCUUCCCCGUUGUGCCCAAGUCAAAAACCAGCGCUGCCGGCGCGGUCCCAUCCGCGGAGAAACCCGCCCAGAGCGAGGCCGACGAGGGGAUCGAAGACGCUGCCGCCGCCACCCCCGCCAGCCUAGGCAAGAGCAAAAAGGCCGCCACGCUGGCCGUCGUCGAGACGGCGGCCAGCCGCGUGUUCAACAGCUCGCCCAUCAUGGUCAUCCCGCCGCUGGUGCUGGUGCGCCUGCAGCGCACCGAGUGGCUGCGGCGCAACCCGCGCUACACGCUGCCUGUCAACCUCGGCCUGAUCCUGCUGACCAGCUAUGCCGCGCUGCCGCUGGCCCUGGCGGCCUUCCCGCAGCGGCAACGCGUCAGGGCUGAGAGUUUGGAGGAGGAGUUCCAUGGUCGUGGCGGGGAGGACGGGUUGGUGGAGUUUAAUAGGGGGAUUUAAACAUGUAAGCGUCAGCGGCAGCGGUAGCGGUUUAGGAGUGGUGUUCUGGGAGUCAUUUUUAAUGGAUGGGAUGUGAAGAAAUGCCUGGAGUACAUACAUGCUGGCUGUUCUUGGCCAUCUCGCGAAGUGCUGCUGUCUCCUUCCUGGCGGGAACCGGAACCUUAUUUCGGCCCGGCCGACUUGGGACGGAAAGGCGAGUCGGCACAGUGCGCUACCUGGGGAUAUAGGUUCACUUUUUGGACCCCGAAAGCAACACACAAUUCCCGUGGAUGGCGCAGUGGUGGGUGGUUGACGCGUGCGGUUAUCUCAAAUCUAUACCUGAGAGUCCCUAAUCCCUCGCGGGUAGCUUUACCCAGAUCAGCCAUCUACCCUAACAACCCGCGUUCGAGUUCGGGUUACGCCUCCACACCUUUUUCAUUUUAUUUUAUUUUUCUAUCCUUUCUGGCGGUUACUUCGCGUAGGUAUACCUUGGAGGCGAUUGAUACGCAGCGGAAAUAGAACGAUGCAUUGGAGCCAAAAACUUCUGGGCUGACUUCGUC